AUGAAGAGCGCCAUCUCCCCAGACAUCUGGGAGACGAAACGCAUGCUGAUCACGAAACUGUACAAGGACGAGGAGUGGCCCUUGAAGCAAGUGAUCAAGCUCGUCCAGACCAGAGACUUCCAUCCCAGUGAAUCCCAACUGCGCAGCCGGUUAAAAAAAUGGCACAUCACCAAGCCCUCGCGCAAGAAGUACGACGGCAGCAGGCGUCUCUCUGGCGCAAAGAAGAACUCGAUGCAGAAGCGCCCGACAGACAUCCACCAACAUCCCACUCUCCCUUCAUCCUCGACAUAUAACACCCUGCAAUCACAUCCCCGACCACUUCCCUCGCACAAGACAGACGAGAGCGACUCCUUCUCCGAGGGCCGCAGCGAGGUAUCGCGACCCUCCGUCUCCAUCCCCGAGAUGUCGACAUCCACGUCUCCAGCAAACCACUAUAUUCUCCCGUCAAGCCCCGAAGAGGCGCAACUUACGAGUCCCAUCUACGGGCCCAACCCGAUCAUGGGUCCCUCCACGCCGAUAACGCCGGCAGUUUACGGCGUGGACGACUCAAAACGCGCCCCGGACGACACCAACCACACGAUAUACUACUUCCCACAAGAGUCCAGUCCGCCGGUCUUCCCAGCCAGCAGCGUGCCGGUCCCAUACCCGCAAAACACGGGCUUUGGCUCGUUCUCGGACCCGCUGGCGAUGCUAGACCAGCCAAGCGACUACAUGGGGUAUCCCAAUGUACACUACAUUCUCUCGUCACAUCCAUUCCCGCACCAGCACAAGGACCCGAACCCCGUGGAGGCGUCGUUUGCGAUGUCCGAGCUGCCCCCACCGCUGGUCGAUGGGUCGUGGGUCAGCCACUAUGGGCAGCCUGCUCACUCUCAGUCUCGAUAUUUCCAGGAGGACUGCAUGCAGCCUCCGAUAUACCAGGCCCUGUAA